AUGUCGGAGUCACCAAGGUCCGAAAAGUACAUGUGUCUAUCCCGGUUCAGCACUCCGGGGCCUGAGCUGGACGACCAUCGAUUCCAGCUCGAUUACACGCCUCGCAUUGAAGCCGCUUCUGACGUUGCACUCAGCCCUAAGAAUACACCCCAGCAGGGCCUACCCGAGGUGCCUCCGCGCCCAGACCUCCUUCAAGUUCAAGAUGUAUUCCGAGAAUCUGGCCCCUUUUCUCGGGACUUCGAACAAGCUAUAGUGGACGACGAUCGAUCUGUAAAGGAUGUCAACGUUUUGGGACGUCGGUUCUCAGUCGACCCAACUGGAAAUGCCCGCCAUGCGCGUACCUACAGUCGCAAUCAGGAUAUGGCCAAUAUUUCGCGCGAGUCUUCUCCUUCCGCGAGAUCAUCGUCCCCGCCCAAUUCCGUCGAGGCUUUUGCGGAUCCGCGUCGCCGCGAGAGGGCGAACACAUUGGAAAGCCAUGUCGCCCCCGAUUUGGAGGCUAUUCUUCAGCGUACAGUCUCUGGUGGUACGCAUCCUCGCCGCCCUACCUUUAGCAAUGCUAGCGCCAUCCGAACUCAGGCAGGGACGAUUCAGCUGGAUUCUUCGGAUGAAACCUGCCUACCCCAAUUCGAGGAACCCGGAAGAAUCCCAGUCAUUGACUACGAAGAGUUGGAGGAGUUUGUAGCCUUGAAUCAAAAGGCAAAGCCUCCACCCACCAAGCACGAGCAAAGCUUGAGUUCUCCACCGCGAAUUUUCUACGACCUUCGCCAAGGUGCUCAGAAGUCGGACGAGAAGUCCUCGUCCGGCACGGAAGGCGUUUCUGGAGACUUGACAACCUCUCUGACCAACGAGAAAUCCUACGCGGAGACCGUGCACGAGGCGGAGAUGCUCAAUAAGCUGAGGAACGAGAAUGAGCCCACCCGGUUCGGUUUUUUCUCUUCUGAAUCGCAGAGCACUGUGCAUGCCGCAGAACUGGGUGAUCUUGUCCUGCCCGGAGAUACAUUCAGAGAUCUUUUCCAACUGGGGCCAGAUGGUGGUGUCUGGUGGUUGGAUGUCCUCAAUCCCACCGAGGCGGAAGUUGGAGCCAUUUCAAGAGCUUUCUCUAUCCAUCCUCUCACAACGGAAGAUAUCUUAACCCAGGAAUCCCGCGAGAAAGUGGAGCUGUUCAAGCAGUACUACUUUGUCUGUUUCCGGACGUUUUACCAAGUUGAUAAGACGAGCGAGCAAUUCAUGGAACCCGUCAACUUUUAUAUGGUUGUCUUCCGUGAUGGGGUGCUGACGUUCUCCUUCACCGAUAACCCUCAUGCGGCCAAUGUUCGACGAAGAAUUGGAAAGCUUCGUGACUAUGUUUCCUUGAGUAGCGACUGGAUUUGUUACGCCAUGAUUGAUGACAUCGUGGAUAGCUUCGGCCCUGUUAUUCGAGACAUUGAGGUUGAGUCCGAAGCCAUUGAAGACCUCGUGUUCAUUGCGCGCAUGGAGGACUUUGAGUCAUUCCUGCCUCGGAUUGGCCACCUCCGUAAGAAAGUCAUGGGGUUGAUGCGCCUUUUGGGCGGUAAAGCCGAUGUUAUUCGCGGAUUUUCGAAGCGCUGCAAUGAGCAAUACUCAGUCACUCCCCGUGGCGACAUCGGUCUGUAUCUUGGUGACAUUCAGGAUCACGUUGUGACCAUGAUGUCCAAUUUGGCGCACUUUGAGAAGAUGCUUAGCCGGUCCCACACCAAUUAUCUCGCGCAACUGAACGUGACUAACUUGGUGUUGGGGAACCAUGUCAACAAUGUCUUGAGCAAGGUGACGCUCAUUGCAACGAUGUUGGUCCCCAUGAAUCUCAUCUGCGGUUUGUUCGGAAUGAACGUGCAUGUACCAGGGCAAGACGUAGAAGGAUAUGCCUGGUUCUGUGGUAUUAUUGGUGUACUUGCCGCUAUCGUCGUGAUCAAACCCGUUUUCCCUCACGAUUCGGCUGGCCUGCGCCGUGAGAGGAUCUCGAUUUCACCCACCCUUUACCUACCUGAUAUCUGGUCUCCGACGGCCCUGCGCCUGAUCGGAGCGUUUGGAUAUCCCAUGCGAUCGAACCCUUCGCGAUUACAGUACCGCCUCGGUGCGACAGCUGGCCUGGCCCUCCUUUUUUCCAUUUUCCUCUCCUUUGCCCCUCUUGCUCUAGCUACCGAUGCCUCCGAUCCCCCGUCUUACCCUUCUCGGAACCAUGGCAACCUCAUAGCUAGUGACGGCAACCCCCCGGAAUACUCUCUUCUGCUUGGAUCUUUCAAUGGCCUCGUAAUUGAAAAUGAGGUGGACGAAGCGGGACAAGCGCGGGGACUAGAGCUUGUCCGUCGGGCGCCUGAGGGUGUAUCCUCUUUAGGGAACAAUCAAUUCCAAACGAGAGAUAUCAAGCUGGGUGACACGCAGUGGUGGUAUUUCCCCGUUGAAAAUCAGAAUUCGAGUGAGAGCAGCAACUCCACAAAACGGGCGUCGUCUACAACCGUCUACCUCUCCCUGACGAUUUGCUCGAAACCGGGUCUCAAUACGACGAAAUCUGAGACUGUACCGGAUUUGCCCCAGUUAGACGUCUAUGUCUCGACAUCGGAGUCUCUUCAGAAGCCGGGGCCCGGCAAGGAUAGCUCUGAGCAGACCAAAUUCCCCACCGAUGAGGGGUAUAUGGGUGGAACAGUCUCUGCGGAUGCCAACGUAUAUAUUGGUGUAGCGGCCCCGGACAGCUCGAGCUAUUCUGGGUAUUAUUCGUAUCAGAUGGCGGCGUCGACUGACGCUUACUUCCAUGCUGUCAAUGAUGACAGCGCUAUGCUGUCGUUUGUGGAUGCGGGCGCGAAUGCUGCGCUUCUCACAACGGUCAGCCCUGCCGAUGAAGGGCUCACUACUGCGCAGCUAAAGCUGUGGCAGAACCACACGGCGGUCUAUACCCUCUUUGUCAACAAUGUCAACUAUACUGCUCUUUCAGGAAUGCGACGGUCAUACUGUGCUCUUGACCAACACUCGCAGGUCGGUAAGACGAACAACGUGGAAGCGAGCAUGACCAACCGCACAACCGAAGACCACGGACUGCAGGAGCAGUUCUACAUCACCGGUCUCAACCGUAGCUCGACGUAUACCGGGAUCAUGGCGAUGACAGGCAAUUCCACCAGUUCGGGGAAUGGGAUUAUCGGCGGAGGAGGUAAAGUCUGGAAGCCAAAGAACUUUACAACCAAAGCAGAUGCCAACUGCGCGGUUAUAUUCGACCUAGACUUCUGCUCUGACGUCGCCUAUGCAGUCCCGUCGAACCCAUCCAAAUCACUUUCCGAUCUCCGCCAAAUCUACGACGACUACGCCAAAAGCCUUUACCAGAACUUUUCCUACUCGCUCCAACAAAUCCAAUGCAACACCUCCAACGAAACCAUCUUCUCCAUGGCCGUCAAUUGCAACGACUGCGCAGCCGCGUACAAAUCCUGGCUGUGCGCCGUAACAAUCCCACAAUGCACGGAUCUCUCCACCUACAACGCCUCCUCCUCCUCCUCCUUGUUUUCUUCCGCCGAUGGCCAAAGCAGCACCACCACCUCAAAUACCAACAGCCCCAACCUCCUCAUCCGCAACGCCGGCCAACGGUUCCUAAACGGCUCCUCCAUCACAAACCAAACCCUCUUGAACAACCAGGCCACAAACACCUCCCGCAACGCCCUAAUCACCACGGAAAUCCAACCGGGGCCCUACGUCGAGAUCCUCCCCUCCGUGGACUACUGCCACAAUCUAGUCAAAGCCUGUCCCAUGACCCUGGGCUUCCAGUGUCCCCGGGGCAAAUGGCUCUCUUCCUCGUAUAGUCCGAGCGCGGCGCCAGGGCGACAUGCGCCUUCUUUCAGGGCCGUGGCGCGGUCGGUUUCGGUGUCUGUUCUUGCGGCCGCGUUGGUGUGGGGGGGUUAA